CUACCCAAGUCCAUGUGGCCCAUGGAGCACAAAACUGACCCAUUCCGAGAUCCUUCAUGGGAACAUGAAUUCCAGCGGUUUGGAACAUUUGUGCAUGAGCAUCCACAGGGCCUAUGCCCGGAAAGCAAGGCUCUCUGUAAAGAGUUGCUUGAAAGUAAACAGCCGCUUCCCGAAAAUUCCCUGUUUGAGGAUAAUCUUAUCGGCGCAACGUGCGAGAUGCUGCGUCAUCGAAACGAGACGAUGGUAUUCCGCGACGUCACUCCUCUGGUUGCCCCGUCGGCUGAGCUCCUUGCUUUGCGCGGUGAAACCCAUACAGGGUUGAUGCAUGAAUCCACAAACGAAAUAUGGUCGCACUCUCAGCCGAUUCUUCGCAUCCAACCUCAACCCACCUUUGCAGUUGGGUUCCGAGGGGCGGCUUUUACACCGGAGCAAUAUCACAAGGUUUACACGCUCUUCGAGGACCGGUGCACGGACGACUCAUCUCCGGUCGCGGGCACACCUUGGAUGUUCUUCCCGUUUUUCUCAUGUGAGAUCGGGUCUCUCUCAAUGGCCCAGCGCCAGAACACACACAACAUGACCAUUGGCAUGCAUGCUGUUGUCGAGCUCUUCCGCGGCGUCAAUCGGGAAGCUGAACUGGACCGCCAAGUCUUGGCCUUUUCCAUUGCCCACAGCCAUCGCGAGGCGCAGAUUGUUGCACACUACCCAGUCAUUCUCGGGGAGGACACGACCUACUUCCAGAAGGUCCUCCAUUCGUUUGAAUUUGCCGAUCCUGGCUGCGCCGACAGGUGGGCUGCGUACCGCUUUACCAGAAACCUUUAUGACAGUUGGAUGCCGAUCCAUUACAGACGGAUCUGCUCUGCCAUCGAUGAUAUUCCUCAGCAG